UUUUUUAUGAUUCCCUUUUUUCAUCUUUUCACCAAUUUCAUGCCAACAUUAACAGCCACACUUACAACAAAUGCUUCCAAUACUUCAAAUACAACUAUACCUUCUAUUAAACCUCGAAAACGCAAACUAGUUAUAUCUUUUGUAUAUCAUUAUCUAUCUUUAGUUUAUGAAUUCGUUUAUACCUUUUUUAUUAUCAAACCAAAACAACACUUAUUAUACAAAAAACAGAAAACCAAAACAAAACUUAAUCAAACAACAAAUACACGAAAUAACAAUGCUUUACAAUAUUAUAAAGGCAAAACUCUUGUGCUCGAUUUGGAUGAAACUUUGGUUCAUUCUGUCCGUUUAGGUUCUCAAGAAGCUAAUUAUAAUGUUAGUCCUUGUAUCAAAAGAAAACAAAUUGAAGUUCAAAAUGAAAAACAAUCCUUACUUUAUCAAGUAUAUAAACGUCCUCAUGUUGACUUUUUUUUGAAAACGAUUAGUCAAUGGUACAAAGUGGUAAUAUUUACAGCAUCCAUGUCAGAAUAUGCUGAUCCUGUUAUUGAUUGGUUGGAUCAAGAUCAAACAAUGGUAUCUCAUCGAUAUUUUAGACAAUCAUGUAUAUCAAGAGAAGAUGGUAAUUAUCUAAAGAAUAUCACUAUGGCAGAACCCGAUUUGUCAAAAGUAUGUUUGGUAGACAAUAGUCCUGUAGCAUAUGACUUAUUUAAAGAUAAUGGAAUCCCAAUCACCAGUUGGCUUAACUCACCCAAUGAUGAAAGCUUAUUAGACUUACUACCACUUUUGGAUGCUCUUCGAUUUACAUCCGAUGUACGGAGUAUUUUACGAUUACAACAAUUUGGUUUAUAAUGAAUGCAUCAAUUGAAAAAUACCCUCACACUUUUUAUUAUUUUUAUUAUUAUUAUUCAAUAAAAUUUAUAUUGUGUUUAUUAUUACUAUUA